AGGUGAUCAAGUUACCAUAUAUAAAGACACAUUCUCACAUUUUUAGGGUUAGGGCUCAGCAUACCAACAGAGGUUUUGAAGGAAGAAAGAAUAAAGAAAGAAACAAGAAAUAGCAAGAAAAUGAGGAAGAGACAAGUAGUUGUGAGAAGAACAGAAGAUUCAUCACAAAGAAGUGUGGUGAAAUAUGGAGAGUGUCAGAAGAAUCAUGCAGCUAAUGUUGGAGGUUAUGCUGUUGAUGGUUGUAGAGAGUUUAUGGCAAGUAGUGAAGAAGGUACAAAUGGUGCUCUCACUUGUGCUGCUUGUGGUUGUCACAGAAACUUUCACAAAAGAGAGUUAGUUGAAACUGAAACUGUUUCUGAGUGUUCAAAUGGUACUUGAAACUCAAAAACAUGUUAUAUAUAUAUGAUGAUGAUAUUUUCUUGUAAUAUAUUGUGUAUUUGUGUCUACUUUGGUUUUGUUUUGCUUGUGUUAUAUAUAUAAGACUUUAUUGGUAUUUUAGUAUAUAUUUUAUAUACUAAAAUUAUAUUUCUAGAGUGAAAAUAUAUAUAUUUAUAUAUAUGGUUUUGAAGGUUCAUGUGUGUAAAGGGUAAAAGGGUAUAAAUGGAAAAGUAAUUUAGGAGCUGUUUUUCUUUUUGUGAAGAGAAGAGAAAUGCAAAGUUUGAGUUGAGAUUUUA